UACUUGAAAUCACCCAUCCCUAGUUAAAAAAAACGAGCCUGCUACUGCCCUCGUGUGGCAAACGCGUAAAAACACAGCCUGGUCCUUGCGAUAACGUCAGAUCAGAAGACCAAUGUUUGUUUCCCCCUAUUAAUCAUUGUAAUCUUCCUCGUGUAGAGGUGUAAAGACCUAAAUGCACAAAUGUAGAAAGUGAAAACCUGAGUAAACCGUUUUGGAUCGCCUGGGAAGCUCCACCCAAUGAACGAGAGCUAGUAUUUCUGUUUCCUGUUUACGUAACUUAACUUUUCUCACGUUCCGUACUUGCUAGUUUCUGGACUAGACCGAGCUGUGUGUUUUAUGGUUCUGUCAUAAAUCGACAGUUUGCACGUCAUGAACAUGCAAGGACUCAGAAACCUUUUCCGACCGUGGUCAUCUAAUGUAAAGCUGGACGGCAAAACUGUUAUUAUUACUGGAGCCAAUACUGGAAUUGGCAAAGAAACUGCCAUUGAUUUGUCAAAGAGAGGUGCACGAAUCAUCAUGGCUUGCAGGGAUAUGGAGAAAGCUGAUGCAGCAUUGAAGGAGGUCAUCGAAGCAUCUGGAAAUCAGAAUGUGGUCUCCAAAAAACUUGACCUGUCUGACUCCAAAUCAAUCAGAGAAUUUGCUCAGUCUGUCAAUAGUGAGGAGAAAGCAGUCAACAUCCUAAUUAACAAUGCUGGAGUGAUGGUAUGUCCGUAUGGCAAAACAGCAGAUGGUUUUGAGAUGCAAAUUGGGGUCAACCACAUGGGUCACUUCUUGUUGACAUAUCUAUUACUGGAUCUGAUUAAAAGAUCUGCCCCAGCUCGGAUCAUCAAUGUAUCGUCCAUGGCGCAUAAGUGGGGGACCAUCAAUCUAGAUGACCUCAACAGUGAGCAGAGCUAUGAUAAGAUAAAAGCUUACAGUCAGAGCAAACUGGCUAAUCUGCUCUCCACUCGCUGCCUCGCUAAAAAACUAGAGGGUACGCGUGUCACAGUAAAUGCUCUUCACCCUGGCGUAGUGCAGACAGAACUAUGGAGACACCUGAAUCGGCUGCAGCAGACAGCUAUGUGGUUGGCAAAGCCCUUUACCAAAACAGCAGUGCAGGGAGCUCAAACCACCAUCUACUGUGCAGUAGCUCCUGAGCUGGAGACUGAGAGUGGCAAGUAUUACAGUGACUGUGCACCUACGAGUUGCUCCAGUGCUGCUAUGGAUGAUACAACAGCACAGCGACUCUGGGACCUCAGCUGCCAGAUGCUCAAUAUAACAUGGGACUAAAUGACUGUUUCAAGCUAAGAGCACUUUGUACACUUCAGUCCAUUGUUUACUGCCUGUAGGCAUGAGUAGCCCUUCUGCACUGCACCUCUGAGAAACACUGCCAUUUUCAAUGAUGUGAAAGUGAAAUAAAUUGAUUUUUUUCAUUCUCUCA